UUUAUUUUCUAACCAAAUCCAAGGAAUGUCACAGACAGCAAUUAAUUCUGAGAUCUUCUUCUUUACAGUUCAAAUUGCCUUAACUCUCUAUAAAUUUGCCCUAAGAUCAACCUCUAAUACAUCGAUCCAAGCCUUGCACAGAGAUACAAAUGGGAGCUAUCAAUAAGCUUUUAUUAGGCAUAUUCUCCAUAGCCCUAAUCUUAAACACCCAUGCCUCUCAAGCCAGACCCAACAAAGAACCCCACCAGGACUUCAUAGAUGAACACAACAGAGCUCGAGCUGAGGUUGGUGUUGGUCCAAUCAAAUGGAACGACACUGUUGCAGCCUACGCCCAGAAGUAUGCGGAUUCGAAGAUUGAGACGUGUGAAAUGGUGCACUCACAGGGCCCAUAUGGUGAGAACUUGGCUGAAGGCUAUGGAGAAAUGACCGGCGGGCAGGCUGUGAAGUUUUGGGUGACUGAGAAGCCCAACUACGACUAUGCCUCCAACACAUGCGUUGGUGAUGUCUGUGGUCACUACACUCAGGUGGUUUGGCGCAAUUCGACUCAUGUGGGUUGUGCUAGGGCUAUGUGCAAGAAUGGCUGGAUGUUUGUGAUUUGUAGUUAUUAUCCUCCUGGAAAUUAUAUAGGAGAGCGUCCUUACUAG